AUGUCAUAUGAGUCAAAGUUAACGCCCUAUCAGAAUCACAGCAGGCCUGAUGUCCUGGAGGGUCGUCUGGGCGGUCAGGAGAGGACGCUGGCUGUGCUGCUGGAGCAGGCGUUUGCCAUCAAAGCGGAGGUGGCAGCAGGCCUGCAGUCCGCCAAGGGCUCCGUCCAGGUCGAGGCACUUUCCCGCAAGCUGCUGGAGAGUCACAUAAUGACCAUCACACGCAUUGUCAAGCAGCUCAAUGUGGACAUACAGGCACUAGAGAGACAGAUCGCCCAGCGGGACUCUGUCACAUAUGGAACUUCACUGGCUGUUCAAAGCUUAGACCAGAAAACCCUGGCCGGCAUUGGAGACCUAAGAGGAAGAGUUGCCAGGUGUGAUGCCAGCAUCGCCAAGCUGAGCGCCAAUGUGAGCUCUGGGGAGCGGCACAUGAUCAGGCUGCAGCAGGAGAUGAAAGAGCUCAGAGCAGGUGUGGAUGUGAAGCUGGAGGAGCUGGAAGUCAAGCUUCAUCGUGACCUUGACAGACUGUCGGCAUCAUUGACAGAGCUCACCCAGAACCAGAGGAGCUCCAUGUGCGAUCUGCAUAUACAAGUUCAACUACUAGAUGAGAAGAUGUCAGGUGGGCUUAGGGAGGCCAAGGAGCAGACAGAUUCACUGAGAAAGUGGACAGAACAACAGCUCAACAGCUUUCUGCAGACACAUGCACAGAGCAGCCAGCACGACUCACAACUACAAGAUAAAAUGGGUUUUAAUUGCUGGGUCUUACUUGUAUGUGUGUUUUGUGUUCAGUUGGAGUCAGAAUCUAAAUUAGCCAUUCUGCUGCAUGCUCUGGAGGCCCGGGUGGAGCUGUCUGAGACCCAGCGAGUACAAUCUGACCAAAGUCAUGCAGAUCGGCUGAAACGCUGUGAAACCAAACUCAGAGAGAGAGUGAGCUCAGUAAAGAGCAGCCUGCAUCAGGAGCUGCAGCUGCUCAAACACGAAUACUUAAAAGGGUUCCGCUCUGUGCAUGAUUCCAUGGAGUCCCUGAGGCAGAUAGGGGACAUCAAAUCUCGUCUUGACAAGGACGAGCUGCAGAAGGAUAACAGGCACGUGCAGCAAGGUGGCAGAGAUCAGUGA